GAGCCCCCCGCCGUGGGGGCUGGCCACGGGGCGUGCGAGCCGGCCGGCCUCGGCGGGCCCGAAGCGGCAAGUCAGACCGGCCCCUCCGGCCCCUCGGCCGCAUCCGCCGGGGGUUCGUCAGCUGGAACUGGCCGUGCUGGACGAUAGGAUGGGUGAGUCCAGGGCCCACGCCAACAGCCUCUUCCUGAACGAGGCUGCGGCCAAGCGGCUGAGUGGGGAGACCCGGCUACAGCAACUCCACCUGGCCAUGCAGCAUCGGGCGGCUCGGGCCCGGCUCCAGGUGCAGACGCUGACUCGGGAACGAGUCCUCAGCUUCCUGCGUCGAAAUGCAUUCUUGUUGCUCACCAUCAGCUCCGUCAUCAUAGGGAUCAGCCUGGCCUUUGCCCUGCGGCCCUACAAGAUGAGCUACCGCCAGAUCAAGUAUUUCUCCUUCCCCGGGGAGCUGCUGAUGCGGAUGCUGCAGAUGCUGGUCCUGCCCCUGAUCGUCUCUAGCCUGGUUACUGGCAUGGCCUCCUUGGACAGCGCGUCUUCGGGCCGGAUGGGGGUGCGGGCGGUGGUGUACUACAUGGUGACCACGGUCCUGGCAGUCUUCACUGGCAUCCUCAUGGUGACCAUCAUCCACCCGGGCAAAGGCUCCAAGACCACACUGCACCGCGAGGGCCAGGUGGAGCAGGUGUCCGCCGCCGACGCCUUCAUGGAUCUCAUUAGGAACAUGUUCCCGCCCAAUCUGGUGGAAGCAUGCUUCAAACAGUUCAAGACCCACUACAGCACCAGGGUGGUGACCCGGGUGGCCCCACGGUCAGGCAAUAUGACGGAAUCGGGGCCCAGCCUGUCUCCCCCUCCGGAGAAUGUCACGGGGAUCCUGUACAAUGUGAGCCAGGCUCUGGGCAGCCUGCAGAAGGUGCUGAAGUAUGAGGAGGUCGUGCCCGUGCCUGGCUCGGUCAGCGGGGUCAACGCCCUAGGGCUGGUGGUCUUCUCCGUCUGCUUUGGCCUGGUUGUGGGCAGGAUGAAGCAGAAGGGUCGGAUUCUGCAGGAAUUCUUCGACAGUCUCAACGAGGCCAUCAUGCAUCUUGUGGGCAUCAUCAUCUGGUACGCGCCCGUGGGCAUUCUCUUCCUGAUUUCGGGCAAAAUCUUGGAGAUGGAGGACCUGGCGGUGAUGGGGGGCCAGCUGGGGCUGUACACGCUGACUGUCAUCGUGGGGCUGCUCAUCCACGCCCUCUGCAUCUUGCCCCUGCUCUACUUCCUCGUCACCCGCAAGAACCCAUACGUCUUCAUCGGGGGCAUGCUGCAGGCCCUCAUCACCGCCAUGGGCACGUCUUCCAGCUCAGCCACCCUGCCCAUCACGUUCCGCUGCCUGGAGGAGAACAUUGGUGUGGACCGGCGCAUCACCCGCUUUGUGCUGCCUGUGGGCGCCACCAUCAACAUGGACGGCACGGCACUCUAUGAAGCGCUGGCCGCCAUCUUCAUCGCUCAGGUCAACAACUAUGAGCUCAACCUGGGCCAGAUCAUCACCAUCAGCAUCACGGCCACUGCGGCCAGCAUCGGGGCGGCGGGCAUCCCCCAGGCGGGCCUCGUGACCAUGGUCAUCGUCCUGACCUCCGUCGGCCUCCCCUCUGAGGACAUCACCCUUAUCAUUGCGGUGGACUGGUUUUUAGACCGCCUGCGCACCAUGACCAAUGUGCUGGGGGAUGCCCUGGGGGCAGGCAUCGUGGAGCACCUGUCCCGACACGAGCUGGACACGGAGCAGGAUGUCGAGCCGGGACGCUCGGGCCUCAGGGAGAGCGCCAAGCCUUACCACCUCAUCGCCCAGGAGAACCCCAGCCAUAAGCACCGUGGCGGUGAAACCAAGAUGUGAGGGUGGGCAGAGACUCCCACCUGAGCCAGAGGCCAGGGAAGGGAGUGGGGGGUGGGGGGGGCCUCAGGUCAGCCAGUGGGUCCCUCCCUCAGCUUCCAUGUACAGUCUCCUUGGCCCCAAUUUUGGCCACUGUUAGAGGAGAUAAAGAAAUAAAUUCAACUGUGUUGCCCCA